AGGACCCUGUUAGGCCCUUCUGCAUCACUGGGGGUCCAGCUGAGAGCCUGGUGCCGUGCAUGUCUUGGCGCAGGCUCUGAAGCGCAUGGACCUUUAGGACGCCCCACGCCUGACCCGUGGCGUGCGCAAUGCAGGGCGUGGGGAGUAUGGGCGCCCAAGGAGGCGGAACUGGCGGGGCUGGCGGCGGUGGCGGUGCUGGCAGCGCUGGCAGCGGUGGCGGCGCUGGCGGCGCUGGCGGCGCUGGCGGCGGGGCGACAGGCAGCAUGGGCAACAGCAUGGCCAAUGGCAUGUGCGGUUGCGGUGGAUGUGGCUGCGGAUGCCCUGGCUGCUGUGGCUGUGGGUGCGGCUGCUGUGGAUGCCCAUGCGGCAUGAUGAUGCCAAUGAUGCCCAUGCCCAUGAUGCCCAUGAUGAACCCCAUGAUGGGGUUGAUGGCUGGAAUGGCGAGCAUGGCCACCAUGGCGAAGGCUGCGAAGGAGAAGAAGAAGCCGCCUCCAGAGCCAGAGGCCAAAAAGGAAGAGCCGAAGGAUUCUGCCCCCUCUGUGGCAGCCUUCAAUCCAGAGGAGAGCUUCAGAAGCGGCUGCUCAUGGCGCAGAAAGGCUCGUUUCCCGAGGAAAAGCCAGAGGAUGAGGACGAGGAUGUGGAACACGGCUCGCCACCUCAAAGCGACGGGCAGGAAAGCCCAGAGCAGAAGGAGGAGUUCCCGGCCGAGCCGAACGAGGAGAAGUCGGCCCGGUGGCCCGGGCCACCGCCCAACACGGAUCGCAUGGAUCCGAGGAUGCAGGACACGCUCCAGAAGCUGCAAGCGCUGCAGGGAGGAGCGACCAGUCAGAUCAUCGAGGAGCAGAAGGCGCGGCGCAUGAAGGCGGCGACGGCCGCGGCGGAGGAGAUCAUGAUGUCCCGCCAAAAGGAGGAGGAGGCGAAGGAGCCAAAGGAGCCAAAGGAGAAGGAGAAAGAGAAGGAGAAAGAGAAGGAGAAAGAGAAGGAGAAAGAGAAGGAGAAAGAGAAGGAGAAAGAGAAGGAGAAAGAGAAGGAGAAAGAGAAGGAGAAGGAGGUGAAGGGUGCCAAAGAUGGAAAGGAGAAGAGCAAGAAGGAGGGCAAGGAGGGUGCCAAGCCAGGCAAGGAGGGCAAAGAGGGCAGAGAGGGCAAGGAGAAGGAGGGCAAGGAGGCCAAGGAUGGUGCCAAGGAGGAGGCAAAAGAGGCAAAGGAGAAAGAGAACGAUGGCAAGUGCACGGGCGUCGUGAUCCACUGGAGCGGCGUCAGAGGUUUUGGCAUUCUCCGCUCGCCCACGCAGGGCGAGGUCUUUGUCCAUGCCAAGUCGCUCAUGAACACCAGCGAGCUGGCCGUGGGUGACGAGGUCACCUUUGAGCUUGGCUACGACAAGAAGCAGAAAAAGCCGGAGGCGAAUAAUGUCUUCAAGGGCCCGCCUGGGACGUCGACGAGCUCAAAAGAGGGAAAGGCUCCGGGAAAGGAGGAGAAGGCUGAAAAGGAAGGAAGUGGCAAGAAGGCGAAAUCGCGCCGUCGUUCCUCAUCCUCCUCCUCGUCUUCCUCGACGUCUUCUCGCAAGCGCAGGAGACGGUCGAAGUCUCGCUCUCGAUCGAGAUCCAGAUCCAGAUCGAGAGGGCGCCGCCGGCGAUAACCUGCAUGCACUUGCCAGGCUGGCUCGGCCUGAUUCGGAUCCAGAAGCUGGAGCUGCAUGCAGUGAUGGGCUUGCUAGUAGAGUAGAAGUAGAAGUAGGGGCAGUAACUCGAGUUGAAGUGAUGAAUGCGACU